AUGGCUUCCAUAUCGGUUUCCGUGGGAUCAGCCCUUCCUGUGAGGCAAUCUGACUCUAUUCUCAGCUCACAAGGCGUCGGCCGAGGGUCCGAAUCAGCAGACUCAAGGCGAGUGGGUCUCUCCGCGUGGGACAAUGGCUGUGCCGGCAAAAAGCUUCCUUUGGCGGCAUCCCGGCUGUUGCGACAGAGUCGAACUAAGAGCCGGACUGUCGCUCGUGUCACCCCAACUCUCUCUUCCGCCCAACCAGCUCCUUCACUAGACAAGGAGAUCAGCGUCGCCGUUCCGGACUUCGCCAAGGCCAUUCCGCUCGGCCGCCACACGCUGAACGAUCUAAUCACCCCCGUUGAGAACGAUCUUCAGAUGCUGAACGAGAAUCUCAAGUCGGUCGUGGGUGCACGUCACCCGGUGCUCAUGUCCGCCGCGGAGCAGAUCUUCGGAGCGGGCGGGAAGCGCAUGCGCCCCGCGCUCGUGCUCCUCGUGGCGCUCGGCACGGCACAGCUCAUGGGCCUCGACGGCAUCCAGCCGAAGCAGCGGCGGCUGGCGGAGAUAUCGGAGAUGCUGCACACGGCGAGUCUGAUGCACGACGACGUGCUGGACGACAGCAGCCAGCGCCGCGGCAAGGCCACCGUGCACCAGCUCUACGGCACGCGCGUCGCUGUGCUCGCGGGGGAUUACCUCUUUGCGCAGUCGUCGUGGUUCCUCGCGAAUCUGGACAAUCUCGAUGUGAUCAAGCUAAUCUCGCAGGUCAUUGCUGACUUCGCCAACGGGGAGAUCCAGCAGGCGGCAUCGCUGUUUGACGCGGAGCUGACGUUUGAGCAGUACACGGAGAAGAGCUUCUUCAAGACCGCCUCGCUCAUCGCCGCCAGCACCAAGUCCGCUGCCAUCUUCAGCGGGUGCCCGCCUGAAGCCUGCAGCGCCAUGUUUGACUAUGGCAAGCAUCUCGGGCUGUCCUUCCAGGUCGUAGAUGACAUCCUGGACUUCACCCAGACAACCGAGCAGCUGGGCAAACCUGCAGGUUCGGACCUAGCCUCGGGGAACCUCACAGCUCCGGCGCUCUUCGCCCUGCGCCACCCCACCAUCGGGCCCCAGCUUCGGGAACUGGUAGACAGCGAAUUCGUGGAGGAGGGGUCUCUAGAGCAGGCAGUUGAGCUGGUGCUGGCGAGUGGGGGGGUUGACAAGGCUAGGGCUAUGGCAGAAGAGCAUGGGAGGAGUGCGAAGAGGUCCCUGGAAAUUCUUCCAGAAGGGGAUGCGAAGCGGUCGCUACUGGGCAUGGUGGAGUAUGUCCUGGAGAGGUUGUUUUAG